AUGAAGAUUUCCCUCAUCACUGCUGCUGGUGCUUGGUACUGGGUCUCCUGGUGUGGAGAAGAUCUAUGCUCAUCUUGCUUGUUUAAGUGGAUUCUGUGUGAUGGAGACAAUGUGAAAGGGAUUAAAUCAGAGAUCUCUUUGGGGGAUCCCUUCCAACUCCCCAUAGUCUGACUGCUCUGUGACUGCAGCUCCCAUCCACUUUGACCAUUGGCCAAGCUGACUAAGGCUCAUGGGAACUGGAGUCUAACAUCAUAUGGAGAGCUACAGCUUUCACAUCCCUACAAUAAAAAGAAACCAAAGUACUUGGGUUUUCUUUUCUUUUCUUACUGAGGUUUUCCCAUGUUCCCAAUUAGAGGCAAAUCACAUUGGAAAACAUCACCAUUGCCUAGGAGUAUAAGUCAAAUAUUUGCUCCUGUGAUGAUGGAUGCUUUUGUUCUUUGGGAUCCUGCCAGUGAAUAUUGAUGAAAAGGCCUCUGGGAUACACAUUCAACUCUAUUCAUCUACAAUUCAUGAAUCUAUUUCCCCAAAUUAAUAAUAGCUAAGUAUCCAAACAGUUGCUGUCUGUCCUGAUACCCAAUCAUCUAGGGCCUUAAUUGGCCAUCUUGACUGUGAGUUGGGCCCCUGGUUGAUGAAGUGGAAACUGCAAUUUCUUGAAGUCUCGCAAGGCAAGGAAGGCACCUUGCCCUUGGUAGGUCCACAACUUGUCAGAUAUUUUCUCUAGCAGAGGACUAGCACAAGCUGAAUUGCGCUCCCCUGAAAGCAUGGAGCAGUAGCAGCAUAGCAGCAUGCACCUAGUCCUUGGUCUAUCUGUCCAUGUUCUAUAUAAAAGAAAGGGCAGUUGCUACAAAAUAAGUAUGGUAAUUGCCUCUCUGCUCUCACACUGCCCUACUACAACUUUCAUGUUUGUAUGGCUGAAACAGAAGUUUUAUAUUGACUUACCCCUUUCCUGCUAACCCAGGCAUCCAGUACUCCAGGUGAAAUAUUAAUGGAUGAUGUAGAUUAGUGGUGGGGAACGUGAUAGGAACCUCAGAGUGUUUUCUGUGGUCAGGAUUUGGUGAUACUAAUAGUUGAGCACCUUAGGCUGCAUUACACUUUGGGUAGAAGAUUGCCUGCACAUUUUCCUUCCUCUUAAGUCAGUUUUUAUACUUUCUAUAAAACAAGAAAACUGGAGUAUCAGGAGGCUUAACUUAAAACUCCUCAUCUCUGUUCCUAGCUUUUGUGUGGUGUUGGGUACAUUACAUGAGUAUCCUAUCAAUCAAAGGGAUAACUGGGAGCUUCACACAAGCAGAGUGGCACUGUCUGGUGCAAUGGAGAUUGUGCCUUGUGUUUUUAUAGGAGACCACACAUUCCUGGAGCUCAGGGGGCCCUGAUGCUCAUAAACCAGGCUGGGGGAGAGGAUGUGUCAGGCUGUCAAAUGGAUGGUUUUAACAUGCAUCUAUCAAUGCCUCUCCUUUUGGAAUCCUGGAAAAGUCCCACCAGGAGGCAAUGGCUCCCUCAGUUUCACAGCCUUUGGUGGUUUAGUGCCAUCCAGUGUGAUGGCCUUAGGCUGUCCCUGAGAUAGCAUUAGAUUCCCAUGGCCCCAGUCUGAACUGAGUCCCACAGUAAUGUUGUGCUUCUGCUCUUCUUACUUUUCUCUUUAAGGGCACAGAUAUGGAUCAAUCUUCUUGAUAGGCUUAAGCCAAUCUCUCCCCCUGCCCAUCUUGACUUAUUGACAUUCAUGACAACAAAGCUUGACAAUUGUUGACUUACAAGGGUAUUCUUUCAUGCACCAUAGGAAUGCUCAAAAGUAGAGAUGGGGCACCGGUGGCCAUCCCGUUGUGGCUGGACUCCAACCUGCAUUGUCCUUGACCAUUGGCUGGGCUGCCUGCAGUUGAUGGAUAUUGGAACCCAUCAACACUUGCAGAGUCACACCUUCUCCACUGUUGUUGGGACAGAAGUUUUCUUCACUGAGCUGUUAUAUAAAUAAAGCAAGCAGAUAAAGGGUGCCAAAUUAUUAUUUUCUUCUUCUUCUUCUUCUUCUUCUUCUUCUUCUUCUUCUUCUUCUUCUUCUUCUUUUUACAAAUCUACUUGCAAUACAACGUGAAUAAAUGACAAAAUCAUUAUCCAAUAUAAAUGGAGUUGUCGGCUGUAGAUCCAUAAUGCAUCUAAAUGGUAUGCAAUGUAUCUAACAUAUUCUAAUGCGCUUCUGUUUUAUCCUUUCUGCAGCAUCAUAGGAGAGCGCAUUCUCUGCCCCCCUUCUUUGUAUGGAUUUAAUGAAACAGGGGACACAAUGCGAGAACAAUCCUGAAUGCAUUCAACAUGUAUCAAGUGGGCAGUCAGAUCUGCUUUAUCACAAAUGUUAUUUCUGCUGUCUUUUAUAUAAUUAACACAGAGGAAAUAUGAUUGCUUAAGCAUUUUAAAACCUGGGGAAAGGCUGGGAUAGGGUGGGACAGCAACUUGUAAGGUGGCAUUUAAAAAAUCUCCUAGGUGCUGCAGGACUGGCUGCCUUAUUCUUCCCAAGUGGUGUUUAGAGAAAAGUCAUGUGAGCUUGGAGGAGAAUGUGUGCAAGGACUGCCGGCAUAUACUGAGCUGUGUAGUGGGAGACAGAGUGUGAGUGAGAGACUGCUUGUACAAAGGUAAAGUGCAGGCUGCAGUUACAGCUUCUGCAGUCUUGGAGCUAAUACUUGUGAUCUGUCUUGGCAUCCUGGCUAUCCUUCAUUCCCAGGGCGUGUGAACUCUCCAGAUUCCCAAGAUAACAGUCACUGAGAGAGAAAAGGAGAGGAUGCUUUUCAAAUUCUGAAAAUAUCUCCUGGGAGAUCCCACUGCUUUCAUUGAAUUUUACAAAAAGGUAAUGUACUUUCUGUUCUGUUUCUCUCAUUUUAUUUAUGAUUUUUAUUUUAUUGAAAUGCAUUCUGUACCCUCUACCUGUUUUGAGAAAACUGGCUGUACUUUAAAAGGAAAUAGAUCCCCUUUUAAUUUUACCUAAGAGGAAAGAAUCCCUUGUCUGGAUAUGCAAAAAAUUGCUGAUGAAAUGAGAGCAAACUGAAAUGUAUCUCGGGUCCUGAGCCAACGAUGCAGUGUACCUCAAUCUAAGAGGGGUUAAAACUUAUCUGGAAAACUCAUCAAGUUUUUGGUGCUACCUAGUAUUUUAAAAGUCCAAAGGAGUUUCAAACACUUCAAUGAUUUUGAAUCUCUUCUCUAACCUAGUAUCUGAAGUAUGUGGGGUCUAUCAAGUUUUCUCUCGUUGCUUUCUAGAGGACUAAAUGAGUUCAAUUCAAAAGCACUUUGGUGCAGUAGGGAACCUGGAUUAGUUUAUUACUUUGCUAGGUAGUGGUGUUCUUGAAUCCAGGUUUUUAUGAACGUCCUCUGCCACUUCAUGCUUUCCUUUUCCCAAUACUGUUCUUUCCUUUUAUGUUAAAAACAAUGUUUAAGAAGGAGUUCAGGACUGUUCCAAUGACACCUUUAUCAUCUUUAGUGAUGUCUCUAUUAAUUGCACUCUUUUAAUUUCACUCUUCUCUUUCCAGUGUAUUCAUCUGCUCCUGUCUCCUCUUCUCUACCUGGGCUGGAGGUGAAACCCUCCAUGGAAUCCCCAGUGUAUAUUUUUCGUGAUGAGCCGGGCCCUACCUGCUCCCCAGGACCUUGCCCACUACCUAGCAGCAGUAGCAGCAGCUGGCUUGUGGACUGGGCAGAAUAUGGCAACAAUAGUAGUGGCGCUUAUGAGGACUUACAGCAGAAUGACACCAACAUCUCCCCGGCUAUUCCCAUAAUCAUCACUGCAGUCUACUCCAUGGUCUUUGUGGUGGGCUUGGUUGGCAACUCUUUGGUCAUGUUUGUCAUCAUAAGGUAAGAGGUAUGAAGGAGGAUUUUGGUGGGUCUUUUAACUGUCAUUGUUGGGGGAAAGCUACAUAACUAAAGGGAACUAAGGGAAAAUAGCUUAGUGGUAGGUAGAGCAUCUACUUUGCAUGCAGAAGACCCCAGGUUCAGUUCCCAGCAACUCCAGAUAGGACCGGGGAGACUUCACACUGGAUCCAUUGAGAGCAGCUGUCAGUUAGCAUAGACAAUACUGCGCUAGGUGGAUCAGUGGUCUGCCAUGUUAUAAUGUUUCAUGUAAGGGGGAAAGCUCUCUGUUUCUUGAUGGUUUGUGUCCCUUGGGCUGCUUGAGUUCUAGGAUGCUUCCUUACUGAGGGCUAUUUGAGAGCCAGGACCAAACUACAAAUGCUGGAACAGUGCUUGCAAAUGGCAGGGUGGGUGGGAUGGCAGAAACCCCUCAUUUAUGUGGCAUUACUAAUUCGAGAUAGUUUCCCUCACAGUUUACUGUGCUAACCCAACAAAGGGGGAAACUGCUUUGUGGACACUGAUGUGACUGUUUUAAGUUUGAGUCAGAGACUGUCUUCAUUUGGUUGUAAGAAUAAAAGUGAAAACUGAACAGAACAUGGGCUUGAAAAUUAAAAGUCUGAGAGAGUCAGUGCUGGAAAGCACUGUGGAAAUAUGUGAGCAGAGCUCCCUCCAGGGAUAAGACACAGUUAAUGUGGUCUAUAUUAUUGCUAACAUUAUAUAAUACACAUACACUUCAACUGCCAGUAGAUCUAGUAUUUAUAAUAUUUUCCUUUUUUGUUUUUCAAAUGAAACAGUGUCAUUAUUUAUUAUUAUUUUUUAAUCUAUAUAGAAGUUUUGUUACUCUCCCUCCCACCCCCCAUCAGAUGUCUCAACAGUAUAACAUGGGUAUAUUUGGAAGAAAAGAUUCCCCCACCAGGCCUAACAGAGCCCUUUUUUACCCCCACUCCCUGCACGUGAGUAGAUGUGCAGGCAGCACAAAAUGCCAUUGAGGUAAAUGUGAGGUCACUGUAGCUCUAUCCAAGCAUCCUUUCUCAUCCCGUGAAGAAGGGAGAGCAAGGGUGUGCUAGCUACAUAACCUUCCUAAUGGUCUGACUCCAAAGGUUGGGUUCUGAACUUCUACAGCAGGGAGGCCACUCAACAGGCAAGGGCUCUGCCUCCUAUGAUGGGAAAUGUUUGAGGGAGGACACCUGACUGGGGUUUCUGAGUUUCCCACCCAGUCCUCUCUCUAGGUUCGAUACAAAUUGCUUAUGCACCAAGGCAUGAGUAGCUUGUGCUGAGUGGAGGGAAGGAGUAGAAGAGAACAUGUGUGGUGAAUGAUGUCCCAUUCACGCUACUGGCCCAUGCCUGGUGAGGGGAUAGGUAUUCUGUUGAGCUUGUGGGAAUCAUUCAUAUAUGAAGACUGCACUCAGAGGAUGGGGUUGUGGAGGGUGGGGAAAUACACACACAGACUCUCUCUCUCUCUUGUGUGUGUAUGAGAGAGAGAGAGAGAGAGAGAUGCAACUGAUUUCAACACUCUGAAUAUGAAUAGCAUGAACUAUCAUAUAAGUGCACAUAAAAUUGCAGAUCUUUUUUUUACAGGAUACUUGAUGGAUGUUUUUUGGUGGGGGGGGAUAGAUACACUACAGGUAAUCUUGGAUCAAUUUUCUUGACUGCUCUUUUUUUUCUUUCAAACAUCUGCUGUGAGCCUUGAUUGUGAUUGAAGCCCUGAUGCUGUAGAAGUGGGAUUAAUCUUGCAACACAUGCCACUUCCCUGAUCGAAAAUGCCCUCCCCCAAAGCUAAUGGUAGCUGUAAUAUGAAAAGAAAAAUGCAGGCAGCAUACAAUUAACUGAAUUGCCCCCCAGCAGAGCUAAUAGGAGCUUCAGGAUGGGGAAAAUUGAGAUGGAGACAAUGAUGUUGGGAGUGGAAUAUCUUAAAUAUCUUUUCUCCCAGCACUGCUUCUCAAAUCAAAACUAGAGUUUUCAAUAGCUUUCUUAAAUUUACCAUCCAGAGAGAGUUGGUAGCAGAUCUCCCAGUCAUUUAUCUUUGGGCCAUCUGCUUUUUCACUAUCUUUUUUCAAAAAAUAUUUUACCAGUUUUGGAAGCCGUCAGUUUUCUGUACUAAAUUUCUGGUGUGCUUCAUACUGUGAUCAAAAUCAUUGGCAGCAUCCUUUCCAGCUGCUCAAAUCCCACAGUUUGGAAUGUUUGGUGCUAAAUCAUGUUGGGGUUUUUUUUGGGGGGGGGAGCUAAUCAGUGCUCAGCAAGCCAGACAGGUAAAAAGGGGGUGGAGAAAACAAAGCAAAAAAUAUAAACAGUGAACAAUACUGAAUAAUAAAUUUAAGCAGACACCUGCACAACAUUAACAAUUCAUUGCCGUCCUCCAGAGGAAGUGCUUCCAAAUCAGCACAAUAAAUGGAUGUUUUAGUGGGAAAAUGUGUAUUUCACAAAAUUUAUGUGAGGGGAAACACUGGAUCUUAUAAACUUCUAAAUUAUACAAACAAUUUCUAAUGCGUUUUAAAUGAGGAGUGUGAGAUAGAGAAGCUUUCUUUGUGCCUGUGUGGAAGGGGGCAUUAUAAACUGAGUUUCUCUGUAUUCAUAUGGGAGCGGGUGUCUCUAUGAGAAGGUAUACAUUUCUGUUUGUUUGCGGAAAGAAUGAUUGUGUGCAACAGAAAAAUGAUUUUCCAGGUGCCUAAUUACUUUGACUGGCUACAACUCUAUAUACACUGACAUGGGAACAGAUCCUACUGAGCGCAAUGGGGCUUCCUUCUCUGGAGUAACUUGUGUAGGAUCUCACUUCUAAUUACUGAAGUCCUUGAAAUGGUGCUUAGCAUGAUGGCUAAGUUAGUUCACUUCCUUCAGUGUUUCUUUCCUUUCCUUUUUCUCUCUUUGAAUGGGUUUUGUGUCAUGUCUUCACUAACGGCUUUUCAGAGUUCCCCAUCUGAAAAAUGGGCAAAUGCUUUCUGAAAAUUCUUCUAAACAUGUAGUAUCUUAAUAAUAUGCUGCAGAUAUAUGUGUUAGGCAUGCACCUUGACAUGUAGCCUGGAUUUACCUCAUUGAGUCCUUGUUUUGUGCUUGUGAUGCAGUCAGGGUCCGGAGUGUGUAAUCUCUGUCCGCCUAGUAUAAUGUCAGGAGACCUAAGAGCACCUAGGGUAACAACUGUACACCUUAGGUGAACAUACAGUUUCUGUGGGCUCGGCUCCUUUUCUCUAGGUUCCUAAGCCUUGUUCCUAACUGGAUUCUAUUUCUUGAGCAUUUCCUCUUUUCUAAUCAGCUGUCUCUUAAUGUCACUUCCCUCCUCCUGUCAUAAAUUUCGGGAGUUUGUAUACAGGUCUUACUGUACUAUUUUCGGUAACUGAACCCAACUGGAUCUCUGCAGGGCUAGAGACUCAAUUUCUAUAGGAAACAAGACUGGGUUUAAAAUAAAAUGGCACUUUUCUAAUGCCUUUUCUAACUUUAGAAAUACAAUGCAUUUUCUAACUCUGGAAAUCAUACGUGCAAGAAAAGUGUUAUUUUAACAUAUUUUUGUCACAGUAGGAUGUUCACUGGAAAUGUUGCAGGCCUUUUUUUUUUUUUUGUAAGGAGAGGGAAUGGGCACUAAUUUCAUCAUCUAAUGGAAACAGAACUUCAGCCUUUUGGAUUUGCCACUGUGAUGCCAUUGUCAACUAGUAAUGGCUCCCAUAAGAAUGAUGUGACUCCAGCAGUAAUUCUGGAGUCACUCCCUCAAUGUACUGAUGCCCAUUGCCCCAGGAUGCCAGUUAAAUGGAAGAGCAGAUGACUGUCAUCAGACUCCAAAUUAGCCACUUUCCCUAAUUAUCUAACAAGCCUCCAGUGAUUUGAAUAAUUUUCUGCGUUAAAAAAUGGUCUUUACAAGAAACAUUUUUGAAGAUCUUGCAGUAUGGAUACAAUCCCAAUGAGAGGAGAGGAGAAAUAUACUUCUGUUUCUCUGCCGCUUCUGCCUAAAUUUCUGCUGGAAAAAUAUCAAUACAGGGUUCCACACUCGCAAUCACCAGCGGAGUUUGCAUGGGAUUGGGCUAUUAGAAUGCCCAUUUCAUCUAGAAGAAUGUAUUAAAUAUAUAGGGAAAAUACACUUCUACCACACUGUGUGUGUAGUAGUGUUAAACAACCGUUAAAGAAACUAACGAGGAUUAAGAGAUCUUCCAUACGAUUCCUUAUUGCAGGUGUCCUCCAGAAGUUUUAGACUACAACUCCAGCAUCCCUGACCUCUGGCCAUGUUGAGUGGGGCUGAGUAGAAUUUUAGUUCAAAAUAUCAAGAGGGCACUGCUUGGUUAUCCAUGCCUCAUGGUAUAACAAUCUGCACAGGGUUCUAACUUUUUAUUAACUCAAAAGAGUAAUAUAACCCUGCCUAUUAACAUGUACAUAUGGAUAUGUAGAAGAGCUAUGUUUUUCAAACAGAAGCACUAAUACAAAGUAUGUCUGAAAUGAUACACAACAAAACCCACGACAGGCAACACCUGGAUUGGUCUAAUCCAGCCUGACUGGUCAAAUCCAUAUAGUCUAAUUCAUAUGUUCUAGUGCAUAUAAAAGGUAAUAUGGAAUGCCUCAGUACUUUUUAAAAAGAAAUUUAUAUCCCAUCUUUCUACAUCACUAGUGGCACUAAGGCAGCUAACAAAAGCAUUUUUUUUAAAAAAAACUAGCCUUAAAAUAAUAAAACGAUUCAAUGCAAGGAAGUUUCGCAGAUAUGUAUUUCUGUUCGAUUUCAAGGAACAGGAAAACUAGGCAGAUAGUCCUCAGUGUAUGGGGGCUUGUCCACACUCGCUUGUCCCUUGCCUAGAAAGCAUGGAUCGGAGUGGGUUGUCCACUUCUCUUGUUCUUUCUAUGCAUGGAUCCGAGAGAUUUUGCCCUUGCCACACCACUUUCCCUGGGGAAACCCACUCUUUGGCAAUAAAUCAGAGCAAAUGUCAAUAUGGAGAAAAUAUGAAUUGCUGUUUGUUCUAGUGGAAUACUAAAGAGCUCUUUCCCCUAGGAGAAAGCAGCAGGACAAGAGGGAGUGUGGAAAGGCUGAAUGUCAGGUUAAAAGCCUGCCACAACAGUUUUAAGAUGAUGGCAGGAUUCUUGAGAAGCCAUGACUGCCAGAGGGGUAUAAGAGUGGUUUAAUGGUAUGGCAUGGAUGUAGGCUAUUACAUCCUCACAUACAUCUGCUGUCAAACAAAGGUCCCUCAUCCCCAUUCUAUCUAUGUUUUGGGCACAAACCGGCUAAAUGUAUGCAGUUUGUGAGCUGGAACCCAGCGUGAUUCAUGGGGAGAGGUUACGUGUGUUCACCAGGGUUCCUCCACACAGACAUUCCUUCUUCUGUCCAUGUGAUGUUAACUGCAUAGAGGCUAAUGACUAAAGGAGCCUAUAGAAGUCGGGGCACCAAAUUUUGGGUGCUUAGUUGGGUGACUUGGCUCUGGACAGUGGGAAGGAUGCACCACCCCUUCUCCCAUUCUCUCUAGGGUCCCUAUCUUUGGGAUUCAUACCCAAGCCCUACUUGGUGGACAGCAGGGGACAUACUGUCUCACAUCUUUGGGCUUUCCUAUGUGUAGAUAUCGGCAGAACUCUGGCUGCCACUGGCCCCUCUCUCCUAACAAGUCUCCUAAUUAACAUCUAGGAAAUGAAAUACAGUACCUGACAAGACAUCAUCACAUCCAACAUUUACCAGCACUCUCCCGGCAGCAGGAGUUAAAGUGAAGCAUGGGUGGGGAACAUGCUGCUGCCCCAUCAUGUGUUUCUCUAGUUAGUUGUUCCCAGGAAACAUAAGAUAAUGGCUGCCAGCUUUCCUCCUCAUAACAUCUAGUUAGGUCCUCAGAAGAGACCAUUCAAAGAUCAAUAUUCUUUCUGGAGUUCUCAUUAAGAAAGAAGUUCCUUGUACCUGAGAUUAAAGAGUAGAGUCAAUAUCCAUUUUUUUUCCUUGCUGCAUCUUUGAGCCUUAAUUUGGCAAUGCAAGAAUUAGAGCUCACUUAUUAAGUCAAUACUUAUCCAUAGCGCUUUGUGUUGGAUUAGAUGUUGGGGCUGGUGUUAAUGAAAAAAACAAACCAUAACCUAUCACAUCGGCUCCUAUUGCCUGAAGCAACCAAACAGAAGAAGAAACGGCAUGACUGGAAUGCAAAAGUACAUUUCUUUUGAACUGUUGUAUUGUAUUGUAGGGAUGGGACAAUAUGUCCAUUUUGGUUCCUCAUUUGUCCAGUCUUAAGGUCAGUUCCCCACAUUUCCACAUCAGAUUGCAAUUUUUUUUAAAGGUUCCCAUGUAAAUUUAUCAGCAUUUUCCUGCACAUUUCUCCUAGUACACACACACACACACACACACACACACACAGUUUCCCAAAAUAUACACGUUUGUAAAGAAAUUUCCCUAAUAUAAGGCAUAUGGUAUGUUAUUUUCACCAACACAUGCAUAUUUAUAUGCACGCUUCUUUGAGUUUUGUACACAUUUGUUCACUUGAGAACUUUCAUUGCAAUUUUUUUUUAAAGAUUUUCAAAAUAUUACAAAAUGAAAAAAGAAAAAAGAAAAAUACAAAAUAAAAGUAGUUAAAAACAAUUCAAUCUUUCCAUUACUUAUCUUUCAUUUGCUUGUUUCCCGGACCUCCUCGCACCUCCCUUUUUUGUAUUCCAAUUCAAUUUGUUAGUUCAGCAAAUCCUUCCCCUCUUUGUUUAUCCUAGUCUUUAAUCUUAAAAUAUUGUAACAUUAAUUUUUUACCUAUUAAUAAUCCAUUUUUCAUAUUCCCUUAUAAUAUUACAGCUAAAAACCAGUUAAUUUCUAUCCAACAUCAUUCUAACAUUCAUUAAUUUUGCAGUAUUUCUGUAAAUAGUCUUUUCCUAUUCUUUCUUUCACCAAUUAAUCAUCCACUUUUACUUUAUUUAAUCUUAUCUCUCUUAAAACUUAUAUAUCUAAGCUUAUUCUUAAAACGUUUCCCCUAGGGUCAGAAAAAAUUCCAUUCCACGAUUUUCCCAUCUCUCAUUAAAAGAUAAAAAAAACAAAACAAAUUAUAAUAUAUACAUUUUAAAUUCCCAAUUUUCUUUCACCAACUCCCCUCCCCGGUUUCGGCCCCUAGCGAUAGUUCCAUCAAUCUCGGAAAACCAUCAACCCGGAGAUCUUAAGUCCGAGGCUCUUAAAUCUCUUUCAUGUCCCCUCUGCCGGUCUUUUUGGUAUUCUUUGGUGUUAAAGAACAGAUCUCGGUGAAGCUCCAACCCGUCGGUAGUCAUAUUCCUUCUUAGCAGGUAUGCCAGACUUCCGUAGUUAGAAGUAGGGCCUAUAGGAUAUUCCAAAUCUUGUUUCACACUCCUUUCAAAUCCAAAGGCCCUAAAAACUCCAACCUCCGCCUGACUCAGAUUUGUGUCCCAAAAGUCAUUUGAUCUCCACAUAGAGUGAUCUCUCCAUCUUUCAUUUUCCAAACCAAGCCGGGCUUCCAUCUCCAAAAACUGGCUCCUCCUAGUUGCCAUCAUGUAAGGCCUCAAGUUAUAGUCCACCAUUUGCCUCUGUAGGGUUACGGCUCCCCCUUGCAUCACUUUAAUCACAACAGAUUCCUCCUUCUCAGAUUCUUCAAUUUGUUCAGUUAGAAAAAAUUCUUGUGCCGGAUUCUUGUCAACUUCUUUACUAAUGCCCACUUUUGUUCCCAAGGUUACAACAUUGGUAGCCAUAACAUUUAUCUGGUCUUGCAGCUUUCCCAACAAAUAAAAUGUUCUAUUCAAUUGACACUCGACUUCCUUCCCGACCGCCAUCCUUAAGAAGUCCAAGGUCAAAACUAGUUUCUCAAAACUUUUAUCUUAAGCAAUUUCCCAGCUGCAUCCUUACGACAAUAUCCCAGAGCUCCCUCUAGAGGGACACAAGUUCCUUUUAUCACUCCUUCCAGCACAGUCCCAAAGGUCCCAAACGUAAGGUUGUAACAAUUCCUUCCUUCUUUUUGAAUACUGAAACGGACAGUAGAAACAAAGUCCUUCUUUUAUAUCUUAAUAGCUAGCUUGUAUCUUGACAGCUAACUUGACAGCUGUCAGAUUUAUCCGUCAACGGGCUCUCACAGACCGCUCCCGGUUUUAGGGAAAUGGCGCUUCAGUUCCCAAAUUUUAACCCUCACCUGCAGGCUUCCCUGCUUCUAAGAAGAUAUUGAUAGUAGUUUCAAUCAGUGGAGUUUAGAUCCUUUACGUAAGACUUUCCACGACCUUAGUUAACAAGUUCUUUGCUUCAGUUUAUUUACAGAAAGGGGAGGUGGACUUCCUGUUUAGACCUUCCCCGAUCGGUGCCAAUUUAAAAAUACUUUAAAAGCCCAAUUUCCGUUCUACUCACGGGUUGUUGUUUAAAAUCCAAUUGUCCACAAGAAAAAGUCAGCGCUCUCCAGCAACGGCUAUGCGGCUUCGCUCUGCGAAAAAAGCAGUUGACUCACAGCACCGUGCCACUCACCCCGCUCCGCUCCGAAGCCCGUAAACGGGUCUCCUUGCGAGUUGGGGGCGUGCAAAGGGUGCCCGCCGAGUCCCACGUUCAUAGGCUUCACCCGCCUAUGAUUUCUGUAGGGUCCCCGCUUCGCCGUAGCGGUAUAGACCCAAUUUCCGCGGAGCUAGUCCCUCCAUUAGCUGAUGGCGCUAACCCGGAAGUCCUUUCAUUGCAAAAUUUGAAUGGGUGAGACUUGGGAAAUCUGUUUGCAUUUUGGUUUGCAUAUUGUUUUGGAAAGUGAGAAUUAAGUAAGGAUGCUCUUAAAUGUGAACUGAAUCAAAUUUCUCUCCCAUCCCUCCCUAUGACCAAAAAAAAAAAAAGUGAGAUGCUGCAUUCAGUAAUUUGUCUGUCAUCAAAAGCUCCUAAGAAAGCUUUGUGGUGGGAUAGAUGGGAGAUCACCUCUGGAUUAGAAACUGGUUUAAAACAGGUAAUAAACUUUUCCUGCUUAACCAUUUCUUGUCAUUGGUAGCAGCAGGUGACAUGAUUGGACAGUGCCGCUCAACUGACCUCCAGCUAGUUAUGUCAUUUCUGCUUAUUGGGAGGUAGAGUAGUAGUAGUGAGGCAGUGGUGAGGUUGGCACAGUGCAAACAUACUUACACAGUUAAUCCAGUGUUCUUCCUGGUGAGUUUGCACUAUGCCAACCUUGCCUCCCCUCUUCCCUCUAUUGCCCAGUAAGCAGCAGUGAUGCAGCUGGCUGAAGGUCAGGUAGGUGUUGCAGCCACAGUACCCACUACUGGUCAUAAGCUUCAGUCGCAAGUGAAUGAAAUCCUUUAAUUUUCCAGUUUGCAAGUCCUUUGGGUUUCUUGGGCAAAUGCUUGGCUGCCUCUUUUAAAGAUGUUCUUUUAUGAACAGUCAUUUAGUUGUAUGUUUUCCAGAUGUUGACUUAAAGGCUAAUUUGAGUGAGCAAUUGCAGUCCUUAAACAUUAGUGUUAAUCAUAGCAACAUUUAAUAUAUACAGUAGUUUUAAUCAAGGCAAACAGCUGCAAUUUGCAACCCUGAUUAUCUGUGAAAACUGCAUAUAUAUGACUGCAGAUUUCGUGCAGAUUGUUGUUGCCAGCUACUGCAUAAUACCAUCUGCAGACUAGCAAUACAAAUUUUAAGAAUACAGCUGCAAAGAGAUCAUAGAAGCCUAAUGGAAAUCAAUGGGGGAAGUAAGUUGUGACUUAUUCAAGUAUUGCUACUUUAACAAAAUUCAAAUGUAGCCAUUUUUCAUAGAGGUGGUGACAGUGUAAUUGCACAUGUUUCAACUAGUACAAGUGGAAUGAAAGAGUUUAACACUGAAAUGCUACUCUAAAUUAUGCUUGCCAAAUGACACAGGAUAAGCUUGCAACUAAAUCCUCGACCCAACUAUGACUUCAAAUAACAAUAGGGUAGUAAAGUUACAACAGCGUAGCAAUUUUGUUACACCAUCACAACCUUAAGUCACUGUUUCUGCUAUGUUAAUGUAUAACUAGUAACUACAAUGGUGUGUGUGUCCAUAUGUAAACAUGUCUGUGCCUCAGGGCCCAACAUAUUUUGAACUCUGUAGAUAAAUUGUCUAAAAUAUAGAAGAUCAGAAGCAGGAGUGUGGGGACUCUUUGCAGCUAACAGGCAAAUUCCUGGGCUCUCCCCUCUCCCUCACCGGUGGGCAACUUUGAUUUGUGGACAGGGCUGGCCAGGUGCCAUUCACUUGAUGUCACCACGAUGUUAGGAGAACCAUUUCUCCUUUGUAGCAUGGCUUGAGUUCAAGCUGUGCUGCAAUGUAAGAGCCAAGUGGGGCUUUGAAGUUACUGCAAAUUCACCAGUGGAGGCAAUCUGUAACCUGGGUUGGUACUGAAGUUAUAACGUCUGAAUUGGUCAAAAAUUCAUUUUUGUUCUAGAGUCUUAGAAGGGACAUGACUAUGAGGGCAUGGCUUGGGGAUUGUCCUGAAGAGUGCCUGAAUUUCAUAAUUCACCACUUGACCAGUACUAGGAAAAGCCCUACAUUUGUAUACAUUCACAGUGAUUAUCAUGCUACUGUUUGCAUGUGUGACAUUUUGUAAUAUAACCAGCUGGCAAUAUUCAGCUAUUCAGUCCAUUAAGUAUUUUGUCUUACGGCAGUACAGUAGUGCUGAAUGUUGCUAAAGGCUGACAGAUCAAUGGCAACCACUCACUUGGCAAAAAACACAACUAAGGUUCCUGAAAAGAAUGGAAACACUAGGGGUGUUACUUGUUAUCCGCUGAAAAAAUUAUAUCCUCAUUUAGUUGUUGUUGGAUCUUAUUUCAUGAAAAUAAAUCUAGCAACUUUAUGAUGGCUUGACUAAUUUGCAUAAUCUAAUUAAAAUUGCUCAUGAAUUUAGUUCUGCUGCUGGCAAGUAAAAUUUAAUUGCUAACACAGCAUUGCAGCAAUAAAUCAGUUAAAGGGUGAAAUAAAAUAUAUAGACUACAAGCCUUGGCAAAUGCUAGUAUUUCUGUCUGUAAACAGUAGCCUACUGAAAACUGCUCCAAGUUUUCUUUUGCAAAAAAUAAAUAAAAGGAAAAAUGUAAAAAGUGGGCUUGCAGAAGAUGUGAAAUGUCGCCUGAAAAAUCCAAAUAAAUCUGUCUUUGCCCUCCUGCAAUUGCUCCCACAGCUACUAUUUUCUUCCCUUGAAUUUUUCUCCAGUACUAUUUUAUUCUCUCUUGCUGCAUGAUACUUACACCCAAAGGAGAAAUUAGCAUAAAGCCAACAAUCAAUACAACAAUUUACACAUUGGAAGAAACACACAGAGAAGAAUGCAAAACUGUAAUUAAGCAAUACAACACCCUUGCUUUUCUUAGAAGGGUUCAUUCUCCAGCCACUCCCAGAUUCUAACUAAACAAUUGACUUAAUGCCUUUGUCUCAAGGCUAAAAUAUGGCAGUGUAGGCACUCACAUAUGACUAUAUAGCAUCAUCUCUGAGGGAAAAUAAAGAAGCAUUGUCCUUAUUCAGGGGGGUAAGUAGGAAAGGGAAAACAGGAACAUGUAUUUCUUAUGCAGUGCUGAACCAAACAAUGAAACUGCUUCUGGGAACAUUGCCCAGUUGCAUUGGAAAUGCAGUGCUCUGUUUCUUUCUCAGAGAUCAGUGAUGGGAAAACUGUGGCCCACUAGAUGUUGUUGGACUCUAGCUCCCAUCAACCCCAGCUAGCAUGGCCAUUGGGUUACAAUGGGAACAGGGCCAGACCUACCAUUAGGUAAAAUGAGGCAGUUGCCUCAGGCAGCAGAUACUUGGUGGGUUGGGGAUGGGGAUGAAUAAUCAGAAGAUAGAACUGUGUGUGUGCCUGCCCUUCACACACUAUCUUGCUUUCUUCCAUUGUGGUAAAGUACCCCAUAAGUGUUUAAAUAAAUAAAUAAAUAAAUAAAUAAAUAAAUAAAUGUUUUAAUUGAAAGGUUUCUGAACAUACAAAUAACAAAUAUCAAAACAAAACAGAAUCACAGUACAUUGGCUGCAAUAGUGUUCAUUAUGAAAUCCAGUAUAUUAACUUAUAGUCUUCCUAUAGGUUGCCAUGAGUUGAUGGAGGAAUCAUAGGAUCUUUUGCCCAAUGUGGGGCUUGAACCCACAACCUUGAGAUUAAGAGUCUCAUGCUCUACCAACUGAGCUAUAUAAGUAAACUGUUAACAUAUGAAACAAAACAAAACAAAGGGUUAUAUAUUUUUAACCUUCAUAGCCUUCAGUUUUCCUGUUAACUUUUCAGCUAAAGCAAUUUGCCAAAUGGUUGUGCAUCACUUGGAUAAUGUUAAUCCUAGAGUGGUUUCUCAGUUUCUCAGUGACAAGCCACCACCAUUGAAAAUAUAACUAAGUCCUUGUAAGGGAAUUCCAGCAGUUUAAUUAUAAAACAUGGGCAACAAAGUUAGCCGAGAAGUACAUUGCUUACAUCCCACUAUUUUACUGACACCACUAGUGUUCAACUGCCAAUCCAGCCUGCUUUUGUAGAUGGAAUUGUGGUAUUCAAAGCUGCAAUUUUGUCCUUUGCCUCAAGCAGCAAAAUGUCUUGGCCUAGCCCAGAGUGGGAGUGAAGUCCAACAUCUGGAGAACCAAAGGGUCUAAUCCUAAUAGGGAAACAUUUUCACCCCUGUUAGUGCACCAUCAUCACAUACACAAAAGUAACUUAAAGGGGGGGAGUACUUUGGGUGUCUGGGAAACCUUCAGUGAAAAGUGCCCCCCGAUUUAAAUUCACGUCAAAGUUAAAUGUUUCUUUCAGAGCAUUCUCAAAACUAAACUGACUUAUAGGAUGACAUAAUGAAAAUUCUUCUUGCUUUGCAGGUACACAAAGAUGAAGACAGCAACCAAUAUCUACAUUUUUAAUCUGGCCCUAGCAGAUGCCCUAGUAACCACCACAAUGCCUUUCCAAAGUACUGAGUACUUAAUGAACUCGUGGCCAUUUGGGGAUGUGCUGUGUAAAAUAGUCAUUUCCAUUGACUACUAUAACAUGUUUACCAGCAUAUUCACGCUGACCAUGAUGAGUGUUGAUCGAUACAUUGCUGUGUGUCACCCGGUGAAGGCUCUAGACUUCCGUACUCCCCUGAAGGCAAAGAUAAUCAACAUAUGUAUCUGGCUCUUAUCUUCAUCAGUUGGCAUAUCAGCCAUCGUCCUCGGAGGUACCAAAGUCAGGGAAGGUGAGUGUGGGCUCUGUUCUUUGCCGGUGAUUUGUUCCUGCUCAAUAAUAAACUUUUUAAAAAAGCAUAGAGGAGACUAACACAAUUAACUUUUGAAUACCAGCUGCUUUUAUGCACUUGGCUUGUUCUUACUAGAAUCCUCAAAACUGCUCCUUUUCCUUUUUCAAAAGAUGGAUUUCUAGUGAACAUGGUUGCAACUGCAAAAUAAUCUAGCCUCCAAUACAGUACUCUUACUUGAAAGCUAGUAUAGGUCAGUGCCUAAGAGAUUAAGGUGUGAUGCUGAUUGUAGGGACAAAGGUAGCUGCUUUGUCCCAUUAGUCCAUCUAGCUACAUAUUGACUGAAAUUAUGGAGUGCUGCCGCCAGUCAUUGUAGACUCUGCACUGACUGGCAGUGACUUUCCAGCAUCUCAAAGGACAUUCCCAGUCCCACCUGGAAAUGCCAGGGAUUGGAACUGGGGCUUUCUGUAAGCAAAGCAGAUGUUCUGUUAUGGCCCUUUCCCAUUAGGAAUUCACUGGUUUAAAUCUUGCCUUCAGGAGAUGGACUUUGACAGUAGAUGGACUUUGACAAGUUUCACUUAUUAGGAAAAUCUCAGCUCCUACCCCUUUAACAAUAUGAGAAUAAUACUACAAUUGCUAUUAAUGAUUGCUGAGAUCACACACACACACACACACACACACACACAUCUAUGCAGUAUUUUUACAAAACUGUACUACAUAAAUGCAAAAAAUUAUUCAUAGUUUUUACUUUCCUGUGUGAAAGAAAAAAUAGCCCACCCUGAUUCAUAUACGAAAUUGUAACAUACGUAGCAGUCUGGCAACCACACAUUCUCACCAAAACGUCAUCCAUAUGAAUCAAUUGCAUGCAACAGAAAUCUGCAAACUGGUUGAACCCCUCAAGCUGAUGGUGUAUCUUUCAUGGGCCCUGCAGUGAUGAACGAGCUGAAUGAGACCAGAUCCUGAAAAGGAUCCAAAUGCAUUGGUUCACAUCUGUUAAAUUAUGUAGCUGGAACUUUGUGUGUGAAAAGCACAGCCACGAUUGAGCCUUGUUAAUAUGCAGUGAAUAAUUAUGCGAUACCCAUUAGAUUAUAAUUCAGAAGCACUUAGAAUGAAAAGUACAUGAUAUUAUGCUACGAAAUAUAAUCACUAUUAACCCAUUGGUACUCUUAUCAGGUGAGUCACUCUGCAGUGGUUGCCUGAAGUCAGUCAAACUAUGUUGACAUGUAUGGUUUCAGGAUUUGAUGUUUUAUAGCCCAUUCAUCGUAACACCUAACCAUUGCACCUAUCCUUCUAAAAAAUUGCAUGCUACUUACCUUGGGUGCUUUUGUAACCUAUGCUAUAUUCAUACAGUCCCCAAAAGUGCAGGGGGAAAGUGAAUUGCUCCUUCCCAGAUUUAAAAAAACUCCCCUUACACAAUGCCACUGGCAGGGUUAAUCCAAUUAGAAGGGGUUACUAUGCCAGAAAGUGUGAUCAUUAUUUCCAAGAAUUUAUAUCCCACUGUCCCUCCCUAAGGAGAUCAGAGAAGAGUACACUAAAAACAGUAAAACAAUAUAAACAAGCAGCAGCAAACAAGAAGACUCAUAGUUUCUAAUCUCAACAAAUUCUGCAAAAAACAACAACCCACUAUUGGUUCAAUUCCCCAUGUUCAUGGUAGACUGUGGGAAGACAGAGGAAGCCCUGAAUUUCUGAAGCAGGCCUCCACUUUGGACCUGAGUCUAAGCAGGUCUGGCCCAAAGUGGUCUGAGGAAAAGCAAUCCACUUUCCAGAGGCCCAAAGAGGGAUCCAAACUAGGGUCACAUACACACUAUACAAUUAAGGCACACGCUCCUAAAAAAAUCCUGGGAACUGUAGUUUGUUAAAGGUGUUGAGAAUUGUAGCUCUCUAAGUGGUAAACUAUGGUUUCCAGGAUUCUUUUUUUGGGGGGGAGGGGUGCUUUAAAUGCGUGGUGUGUGCACAGCCUGAACUUGUCCUCCGUGUAUACUUUACACUGUGUGAUUUACACUAGAUCCAAGGUGCAGAACCUUUCUUAGCCCAAUGGCCAUGUUCCCUUAUUGCUAAGCUUUCAGGGGCUGCAGGCUGAUUGUGGUGAGCAUGGUCAGAGGCAGAAGUGGGUGGAUAAAUGGAUGUGACUCUUUCUUUUGCACAGUAGGCUACAUUCCAGCCAAUACAAAAGCCUGAGAUUUCUACACCCACACCCAUCUCUUUAUUCAGGUAAGCAAGAGACACUGUCCCACUUCACAGAUACAUUCCAGACAGUCAAGAGCACUCAUGGAACAGGGGCAGUGAGGGUUGUGGCUUGUUUCUGUGAUAGACUCUCUCUCUCUCUCUCUCUCUCUCUCUCUCCACCCCCUCCCUCUCCCACAGGGCUAACUACUCCAUGUAUAAUUUUUCAGCAGCUUCCAUGCUUUCAGUGUUUUUCUUGUCAAUUUAAUAUCAGGAAUGCAAAAAGCACAAUUUGUUGUGGAGGAGCAAAGCCUGUUAAGACCAUCGGUUCAGUUGAGUGGGUUGAAGCAUGAUAUUACUCUGUAGAAUAUUUGUUCUUCAGCAUCAUGAAUUUCUCAUCUCUGUAAAUCAUGCAUUCCCACUCUCAGCUGUUCUUCCUCAUUACUUACAGAACAACCCUUCUAAAAGCUACAUCUCUUUCUAACCACCAUAAUUGAAAGAGCUCCAGUUCAUUAGAGAGAUACAGAAUCGCCUUCAGGUAGAGACAAUAAACUCUCUGUUUGAAAUACAUUCGUAAGGGCACAUGAAAGUUCACCCUCUCAGAUCAGCACUAACAUCACAAAGCAAAGUUGAGCAAACUAUGGAAUGCACAGAGGAUAAGGGACUGCAAUUAGAAAGUGAAGACCCAGUUAGGAACACCUGACCCUAACAGUGCAAAGUGGAAAGUCUUGAAAUCACAUUAGUAACAACAACAACAACAACAAUAACAACAACAACAACUUUAUUACAGUAUUUAUAUGUCACCCAUCUGACUGGGUUGCACCAGUCACCCUGGGCAGCUCCCAACAAAAUAUUAAAAACAGAUUAAAACACCAGCCUUUAAAAACUUCAUUGAAUAGGGCUGCUUUCUAAAAGACAUCUGGUCUUCUAAAAGUCAAAAUUUUGACAUCUGAUGAAAGGGUGUUCCACAGGGUGGGCACCACUACUGAAAAGGCCCUCUGCCUGGUUCCCUGCAACCUCACUUCUCUCAGUGAGGGAACUGCCAGAAGGUCAUCGGUGCUAGAUCUCAGUCUCCAGGCUAAAUGAUGGGGGUGGAGACUCUCCUUCAGUUUUUUUUUACAUUAUUUUGGAAUUCUCAUGACAUGCAUACUUAAAAAAGACAACAACCCACUGUUAAACUGUUAGUUUAAUCUGUUCCUGUGUUUCCUUCUUGUUGGCUUUUUCAUUUACAGACACAGGCAGUACAGAGUGCUCUUUGCAGUUCCCAGAUGAAGAUUAUGCCUGGUGGGACACUUUUAUGAAAAUCUGUGUCUUUGUCUUUGCGUUUGUUAUCCCAGUGCUAAUCAUAGUUAUCUGCUAUACUCUGAUGAUUCUGCGCUUGAAGAGUGUGCGGCUCCUCUCUGGAUCCCGAGAGAAAGACCGAAACCUCCGUCGCAUCACUCGACUUGUUCUUGUCGUGGUUGCAGUUUUCAUUAUCUGCUGGACCCCAAUCCACAUUUUUGUCUUGGUCGAGGCCCUUGGAGAUGUGUCACACAGCACUGCGGCCAUUUCCAGCUAUUAUUUCUGCAUAGCUUUGGGCUACACCAACAGCAGUCUAAAUCCCAUCCUGUAUGCUUUCCUGGAUGAAAACUUCAAACGGUGUUUCAAAGAUUUCUGCUUUCCCUUUAAGAUGAAGACAGACAGACAAAGCACCAGCAGAGUCAGAAACACCGUUCAAGAUCCUGCUUAUUCCAGGGAGGCUGAUGGUACAAACAAGCCAGUAUGA